UGACAAUUAAAAUAAUUUUGCAAACGAAUAUAAAUGGAAACACCCGUCAUGGAGUAUAUUGGGGGUAUAAAUGGAGUAUUAUUAAUGAAUAUCAUAGUCAACGGAUCAAAUUAUCCCGUCAUGGACUUCAAUUUUCUAAACGAGUAUAAAUAGAAACACCCGGCAAAGAGCAUUCUCUCAAGUCCAAACAACCAAAAUGAACACUAAAGUAAAGCAAUCAACAAUCAUUCACCCAGCCAAAGAAACACCAACAGGAUCUCUUUGGCUUUCAAGUCUCGAUCUAAUCACUCGAUCUCCUUACACACAUACUAGACUACUCUAUGUAUAUCCUUCUCCCAACCAAACAAACCGCACAAAUUCAUUCUUCGACACAAACAUUUUAAAGAAUGCACUAAGUAAAACCCUAGUACACUUCUACCCAAUGGCAGGAAGAUUGAAAAGAAACGAAAAAACUGGUCGAAUGGAGAUCGAUUGCAAUUCAAAAGGAGUCGUAUUCGUAGAGGUAGAAACUACACAUACGCUCGCUGAUUUUGGUGAGUUUAAGCCGACGAACGAGCUUCGUUCGGUGGUGUUUCCGUCACCGUUCGACUACUCAAAAGGAUUAUCGUCGUUUCCUAUGUUAAUGGUGCAGCUAACUAGAUUUAAAUGUGGCGGUGUAAGUCUUGGAUUAUUGCACCAACAUCAAGUAGCUGAUGGAACUUCUUGCGCAGAUCUGAUUAAUUCUUGGGCUAGAAUUGCUCAAGGGCUUGAAAUUAAUGUAUUGCCAUUUCAUAAUCGACAGCAAAUUCUGGGUUGUCGUAAUCCUCGUCAAGUUAAAUUUAGACACUUGGAGUAUGAGCAGCCAUUGCCACCUACCAGAGGCAUCACUCCAGGUACGGUAUCCACCAUAAUAGAAGCUCAAUUUAAACUCUCCAAAGAACAAAUUAUUGCCUUGAAACUACAAGCAACAUUACAAGGAGACACGAGUUACAGGCUGAGUACCUUUCAAGUGCUUGCGGCACACGUGUGGAGAGCCACAUGUAAAGCACGUGGCUUGUCAGAUGAUCAAGAUGUAAAACUCUACAUACCAGUUAAUGGUAGAACAAGACUUAACAAAAGCUCAGAAUUUCCAAAAGGUUACUAUGGAAAUGUAAUCUUUUUUACUGCUUGUGUUACUAAAUGUGCUGAUAUUAAGUAUAAACCACUUUGGUAUACAGCAAAUUUGGUUCAUACUGCAUUAAAAAAGAUGGAUAAUAUUGAGUAUUUAAGAUCAGCCAUCGACUACCUUGAAUCACAUCAAGAUUUGAGUAAAUUUACUCGUGGGUCCCACACUUUUACCUGUCCAAAUUUUACUAUAAAUUCUUGGGUAAAUAUUCCUUUUAAAUGUGAUUUCGGGUGGGGCGAUCCCAAGUUUUUUGGGCAUGGUGGGAUUCAAUAUGAAGGUCAAUCUUAUCUCAUUAGAAGCCAAAACGGGGAUGGGAGCUUCUCAUUGGCUAUUAAGCUUUUUUCUGAUCAUAUGAGUCUUUUUGAGAAGUAUUUGUAUGAUUUUCCUAGUUUGCUUCUUACAAGGUUGUAAAAUUAAAAGAAUGCCAAAAGGUUAUUCUCUCUCGUUUGAAAUUGUAACAAAGGAAGUCGGUGUUAAGAUUAAGAAGUGUUCAAACAUAUAUUAUUGAGCUGAAAGAUAUUGAAAAGCAAAUAAAUAUGUAGAUGAGAAUAUAAAAGAAAAUUCAACAAAGUUAGAGACAUAUUAAAAGUUCUACUAUUUCAAAUAGGACAUAAGAAGUAAUGAAUACAUACCAAUAAUAUGGACUAAUUUUAAGAGUUGAUCAUAAAUGGGGUGAAGAAGGUUUGAGAAUUUUCAUAUCUUAUAUAGUGAUGAAUUCUUCCCUUUUAUUAUAAUUUGGGUACUUAAUCGCUCGCAAUAUAUGUAUCCAAAGAAAGGAACAAGUUGACCUGAAUAAAAGUAGAGUGCAACGAUCAACUUUCAUAUCAAAACUAUUGUUAUUUAGUUAUUAUUAUUAUUAGCUUAUUAUUGAUUUUUUAUAAUAUAUGUAAAUGCACUUGUAAUAUUUUUUACAUGAUUAUCUUUAUGUUUUGUUUUGUUGAUAGUUAAAUUUCUUAUGUGAAACUAUUUCAAGAAAAGUGAUUAAAAAAAGAAACGUUUACUUUGUCA